AUGAGACGAGACAGAUAUUCUAAAAUUUUGUGGUUUUAUCUGUCAAAAAAAUUGAUAUCUGCUUCGAUCAGUUCGAUCGUAUUUCGGCUAUUGCUCCGAAUAAUUUUAAUUAUUGAAGAAUACUUAUUCCUUCUGAAAGAAAUAUUGAAAUUUUCGUCAAUAUGCUGAACUACAGUGUUCUCAAUCAAGUUAAAACAUCUGUAAGGAGUGCAGUCCAAAGCAGAAAUAUUGGAAUAUUAGCACCUUGUUUUCAAAAGGCAGUAGACCCCAUUCAACAACUUUUCCUGGACAAAAUUAGAGAAUAUAGGCAAAAGAGCAAUGAUGAAAAAAACUUGGUAGAACCUUCUCCUGCACUCCAAACUGAACUCAAAAGUGAAUUAGAGAAAGUUGCUAGACAAUAUGGUGGAAAAGAAGGAGAAGAUAUGACUAAAUUUCCAACCUUCAAGUUUGAAGAUCCAACAAUUGAUCCAAUUAAAAUGGAGACUAAGUAAGCAGAUACAGUAUGAAGAUUUGGGGAUUAUACUGUAAUUUGAUUAUUUCAAAUAAUAAGGAGCAUUAGUGUUAUUUAAUAAAAUAAAUAUUACAUAAUAA